ACGGGUGUAGCGUGGCGAUCAGCUGGGCUGGUUGCCCUUUUGACAGCUCAGCUCUGCGAACGGGAGGACCGUGGCUGGGAAGUUUCCACACUUACGAACUAUUGUCCCUUUUUGGGGAGGGGAGGAGUCAACGUGGAGAGAGUGAGGACCCAGGGGGGGUUGCCCGAUGGAAUAGCGGUGCUCCCUUGGACAAGAGCCUGAAUCGAGGGUGUCCCGUCCCCGCCCCGCCCCCGUGUAGAUUCCCUGACUAGGGUUGCUGUGGUUGUUAAUCGGCCAUGGAGAUGCUGGAAGGCGGGGAGCAGAACCUCUUGCAGUGGGAUCGAAAGCUGAGCGAACUGUCAGAACCGGUGGACUCUGAUGCCCUGCUCUGCAGCACGCAUUUCACAGAACUCCUCGAUGAGUUUUCCCAGGACAUUUUGGGACAGCUCCUGAACGAUCCCUUCCUGUCUGAGAAGAAUGAGUUGAUGGAAGUGGAUCUGUCGCCAGCUUCUCCGGCGCCCCUCAUUCAGGCAGAGCACAGCUAUUCGCUGUGCGGCGACUCUCGACCCCAGUCCCCGUUGACCCACAUUUCAACCGACGACAAUUUUAAUGAAGCCGAACUGGAAAACGAAGACUGGGGCCUGGGUUCGGAUCUGGACUCCGCCCCCAUCAAGAUGGAACCUGCUGUGGGGCCAGCACCUGGCCUCACUCCCUCCGUCAGCCUCACUGCCACAACAAGUGCUAUGACCCUGGAGGAGGAGGAGUCUCCAAUGCAGGAGGAUGGCACGGCUAAGCCACUGAAUCACAAAACUCUCCCAGAGAUCAAACUGGAGCCUCAUGAAGUGGAUCAGUUCCUGAACCUUUCUUCCAAGGAAGUGGUGGAUACCCUUCACAUGCCUCCGACACCUCCCAGCAGCCACGGCAGUGACUCCGAGGGUGGCCAGAGCCCAACCAGGUCCCUCCCACCAUCAAGUCCCACACAGUUACAAGCCACUGUUAAAGUGACACCACGCGUGGCUUCAGUGCUUACCAAUUCUCCUCUCUUAACAGCGCCACAUAAACUCCAGGGCACGGGUCCUCUGAUCUUGACGGAGGAGGAGAAGAGGACACUGGUAGCAGAAGGGUACCCUAUCCCUACAAAGCUGCCUCUCACAAAAGCAGAAGAGAAAGCACUCAAGAAGAUCCGUAGGAAAAUCAAGAACAAGAUCUCUGCCCAGGAGAGCAGAAGGAAAAAGAAAGAAUACAUGGACAGCCUGGAGAAAAAGGUCGAGUGCUGCUCCACUGAGAACAGUGAGCUUCGCAAGAAAGUGGAAGUCCUGGAGAAUACAAACAGAACACUCCUGCAGCAGUUACAGAGGCUCCAGGCCGUGGUGGCUGGCAAAGUGUCUCGCUCAUGCAAAGCUGCGAGUACCCAAACGGGAACGUGUCUCAUGGUGGUAGUAUUAUGCUUUGCAAUUAUUUUUGGCAGCUUCUCACAGACUUACGGGCCUAAUUCCUCCACCACAAAGGCAGUCCUGCCAACUCAGCAUUCCACACCAGAAUCGUAUACAGCCUCCAUAGUGCGGUCGAGGAGCUUGUUAACUUAUGAGGGGCCUCACCCAUUGGAGGAACCACAUCUCUCAGAUCACAGCAACAGCUGGGACAGGCACACGGAUGCCUCCAAACCUUCGUCCGUGUCCUUGGAAUCCAUCUCCAGGGCGCAGCACGACCAAGUCACAGAGAUCACGAUAGCCAACGAAACCCGGCUCGAGAAGUCAGUGCUGGUGGAGCUGCAGCAGCACAGAGUCAGCUCAGAGCUGGAUGCAAACCAAACACUGAAGUUCAUUGAAAUUGACAGAAGAGUUAAUGCUACAUCUUAAAAAGAAAAUGAAUAAGGGGUCUUUCUUGUCCCUUCUUCUUCGUUCCAAACCAAAGGACUGAGGAACUUGUUGCUGUCAGGAAAUCCAGGACGGGAGGGGGAAACAUUUGUCUGACUUCCAUACUGGAUGGAGAGGACGUGGCUUGGCUUUGCCGUUCUUGUUCUCUCUCCCCCCUUUCCCAAUGGUUGUAGUCCAAAGUCACAUUCUUUAGCUUGCCUUUGUGGACCCACACCCAACAGAAAGACUCUAAAGGCAGCUGGGGCCAAGAAGAUGCUUUGGACAGGGAUAUGAGAGAAGCCGGGAUAGCACCUAACCUUAGUGCUGAAUGAA